AUAGGAAGCUUUGCGCGCGCGCUUCCUCUCCUCCAGUCGGUGCUGUCUGCGCGAGCCUCCGCUACACACGGGCCCGACACUGCGGAGGCGCGCGCGCGGCAAGGAAACCUUUACAUUAGGUGACUCAGGUAGAGACAGAGAACAGAGAGAGGAAUUAAAUGGCUUUGCUACAUCAUGGUGUCUUUUUGUGAUGGCCUUAAAGUGCAAGGACGAAUCAUACAGAAGCAGUCAUUUACACAUGUUACGCCGUAUAGCAGAGGGAAAAGAAAGAAGGAAGCAUUCGGAGGAACUCUGGUGUGUGAGAGAAACUGAUGAAAAUGGUGAAGGAAUGGUCACAUCCCAGACAUGCAGCUCAUCCUUCUAAUUUCGCCACAGAUGUAUGGUCUCUGUGGACUCUUGUUCCAUCAGGACUGCAGCACAGUUAACCAUAGUCAGACAUGGCUAAAAGAGACUAUUUGGUGGAUGCGGCCAAGCAAAUCCGCAUGGCCCUGGACAGAGAAGUCAACGAGGACUACGAAGCUGCAUUUAGUUACUAUAAGAAUGGUGUGGACCUGCUGCUAAAUGGAGUGCAAGUGGAUCCAAAUAAAGAGAGACGUGAGGCUGUGAAGCGGAAAACCACUCAGUAUCUGAAGAGAGCGGAGGAGAUCUUUAACUCUCAUCUACAGUACAACUUCAGCAAUGACACCACACAAUUAGGGGGUUACAGCAGCCUAAGGUUCAGGUCUAUCAGAUAUCUGAGCUCGCCUGUAGAGGACCUGGAGAUGUGUAAAGUGGUGGGGAUUAUCGAUAAGGUCCUGACUGUCCAAAACCUGAUUAGCAAGGAGACAUUUGUGAUUAAGAGCCUGCCUAAAUCUAGCUGGGAGAAUCGAGAGCGUUCUACCAUCAUCCCUCAGGGUGUCCCGUUCAUGGUGAAGUUACUGAGGUACUACGUCAGCGAGGAUUCUGUGUUCCUGCAUCUAGAACAUGUCCAAGGUGGAAGGCUCUUUUCCAAACUGCACCCGAUCAGAAGUGAGUUAGCCAGAGAACAUCCAGAUUGCUCCACCGCCAACCAGCACAAAUUCCAGCUAAAGAACAGCUACACCUCACCUGCUCUAACCCAGUUGUGCCAUUUGAAUGGAGAGCACCACCAGAGAACAUCCAUAUUUGCUGAGAGGGAGAAUGUGGGAAGCUUAGAAACGGACAGUGGGCUGACUUUUUGGAAUGAGACUGAGCGGCAGCUCAACACCUAUGGCACACACUCAUACUGUGAGGAAACAGGAUGCCUGCAAAAUUCCCGGUCGGAAAAAGCUGAAUUCCAGCAAGGGCAAUCCUCUCACCCUUAUGCAAUAAGGACAGAUUCUAUUUCCAGUAUUAGUACUGGUCUGCAAGAUUGUCUUUUAUCUCAGGAAAGCUUUCCACUUCCUGUUCAUCCUUGUGUGAUUGUGGAUACUCGAGACCCACUCAGUGUCACAACUGAUCUUUUAGGAAACGACGUCCAUAUUGAGCGGAUCGACUCAAGCUUAGAUUUUGCUCAGGAACAGUGUUUAAUAGGAACCGGGUCAAAUCCAGACAUUCUUGGACUCAACCGUGCACCUCAGAUCACACUGAGCUCUUUAUUUGAUGCCACACAGCCAACCCUGUGUAGCACAGUCAAUAUCCUUCCACAGAAAGUUCGUGUAGUUCCCAAUUCCCUCCCAUUAUCCUCACAGAACCAAAAACAAAAUGGCAUUACUCACCAAAAAACAACAAAUUUGGAGAGUUCCCAGUAUACGGUAAGCUUAAGCUCAGGAAAUUCCCAACCAGGUACAGAGUACCACAACGGAACAGGAUCUACUGUGGAUAACGGACUUCUAAGACCUUUCACCUUAGACUUCAUGACAACAGCUCCUCAGGUGAACAAUAUAAGUAAAGACGUGGAAAGAGUGCCUGUGGAGAUUGGAGAAGAGAACUGGGAACUCCUUAGCCCACUGUGCUCAGAUAAAACACAGGAUCCUUUGUUCAGGCCUCGCUCUUUCCAAGAAGAGCAGCUUAUCGAAGUUGACGGAUGGUGUCACUUGCCUCAGUUUAGGGCAACAAAGCAACAGCCUGUUCGAUGGGGUCUUCCUGAAAUAGAAGUGAGAAUGUGGGGAGCACAGAUCCUCUUGGCUCUCGAGAGUCUUCAUGAGCAAGGCAUCGUGUGCCAGGACCUCAACCCCAGAAACAUUCUGCUCAAUAGCAGUGGAAAUGUGUGCCUGACUUACUUUGGACAGUGGACUGAGGUUCAGACAGAAGUUAGUCCUAAAGCUAUGGAUGAAAUGUACUGUGCACCAGAGAUUGGGGGCGUAUCUAAAAUCACAGAGGCCUGUGAUUGGUGGAGUUUGGGAGCUUUACUGUUUGAACUUCUUACUGGAAUGCCCCUGUGGCAGUGUCAUCCUACAGGUGUGCAUCCACACACACAGCUACGUAUUCCAGACCACUUGAGCACCGCAGCGGCCUCAUUACUCACAGAGCUCCUUCAGUAUGAUGCUGGCUAUCGACUGGGCUCUGGAGGUGGAGGUGUGAGUGACAUUAAGUUCCACCCCUUUUUUAACUCUGUUCCUUGGCACACACUGGCCAGUUAACUGAUACACCUAACACCAGUGGGUCAGGAAAUUCAAAGAAAAGUCUGUACUGCCCCCUGCUGGUGUAGGACACAAGAAGCACGAGGAUCUCCAAACCCUCAGCUGAACAUUAAAAAAAAAGAAAAAAAAAAGGGAACUAUGGAGUUUAACUAACAUUUAACACACUUCUGACUGUGUAUUAAACUAAACAGACAUUUUUCAGUAAUAAUGAAAGAACCUACAGCACAUGUAUGGGGUUAUUGUAAACAUAUACCUACAUCUCAGGCAUCAAAUUAUUGCUGCACCUCUGGAUGGCAGAUGAACUGAUCUGCAAUAUUAACCUUACUUCUGACCAUGUUUAUCAAGCAUGCAAUGUAAUAUCAGUCCAUUUUGAAAGUACAGAUUUUAAUAAUUUUGACAUUCAUGUCAAACAUUUGUGCCUCAAAUGAUUACUGUCUGCAUUAAGAAUCAUUUUUAUGCUCAAGAGCAACCUACAUUUUUAACCAAAGCAAAAGUAAUAAUUAAAAAAA